AUGGAGCAGGAUUCCGGCAAGACGCCCGUCCAAGACAUUCGGCUCGAAUCCGACGAGGUGAUGGACGAUAUUGUAGAUAGUGUGGAUGCGUUUGUUGCCGACUCCGCGAAGGAUUCGCCGAACAAACGAGCGGCACUCGCCAACAUGGACAAUAAUUCGAACUUGGAGCCGAGUUUCGGCGACGUUGCGGACACCAAAUCGCUGGAUGCGAGCAUGGAGCCGGAAUCCCUUGCAAGACAGUUGGAACUGAAAGGAUUGGUGAUCAAAUCGCCGAUGAGUGAAAGGAUGAGGCCUGGAGCGCCGGUGGAAAUUGCGACCCCGGCGAAGAAACGGAAAUUAGCGGAGCCAACGCAGAAAUCGACGGUUCCGAAGUAUACUUCAAAGGUACGUGAAUGUUUUACGAUUUUCCCUUCGAAAUUUAGGAAAGAAAGGUUGCUUGUUGAUGGGGUAGCAAGAUUAUGAAGUAAAGUGUAUUCUACAAUUUAUUUUGGCCUUUUUCAGCAAGAAUCCAUUGAGAUGUGGCUCCAGUCCGUUCGAAAUGCUGCUGACUCCAGCGACAGCUCAAAUAGUGUAAGAUUUUGGUAUUAUCUUUUGAUUUUAGGGGUUUUAUAUCAACUGCAAGGAAGAAUCUUCCUGUCUCUUUAAUUCUUUGACAAAGACUACAAGAUUUUGCCAGUUCAUGAAUAGAUUUACCUUGUUUUAGGUAAAUAUUUUCCCAAAAAUGCAGCUCUCGGAUUCAAACCCAUCUAAUGGCUCAAACACACCUAACCCCACUUCCCCUUGCAACCCGGAGACUGGCACGUCUGCGAAGGCAGCAAAUACGAGUAGUUCAACUAUGAAAGCAGCAAGCUCAACAACUUCAACUCCCAGAGGCCAAUCGGUGAUUCAGUUGAACGUACCGUACUUGGAACGCCGUGUCACUGAACUGGAACAAGAUUGUGCGUGUCUUCGGAAGGAGAAGGACAGCCUGAUCAGAGAGAAUUUGGAGCACAAGCUGAAGAGAGGUGAAUACAAGAUAAAGAUGAGGGAAAUGCUCAUUGACAAGGCGAGAAAGGAGCGGGCUGAGGCUCGAUUGCAAACCCAGAAGAACAUGCUCCGGCUGGGCUCGUUCUAUUUGGCCCGGAAUGGCGAGAAAUUCGAGGACAAAUGGAAAAGCGGAACCGCGUUCGAAGAGAAUCUAAAGAAAAUGGUUGACUUGGGUGAAGAAAGGGACUUGGUAAAUUCUCAAUUGGAACAGUUGAAGAAGAGAAAAGCCGUGAGGAGGACAAGGAAGUAAGGAUUUUGCGGUUUAUGGCUUGAAUUUUUAGAUUUUUUAUUUUUUUUUUUUUGUCAUGAAUAAUAUCAAAAAAUUGUGAUAGAAACCCCUCAAAAAUGUUGAAUUUUCUCCUAAUCUUUGUCAUUUCCAGAUCCGUGGACCCAGCUGCAGACCAAAACGAUGAAAAUUUCGCGCGGCCGGACGAUCCAUCAGAUGCAAUUGCGCAAGAACUGUAUGAACAGGAGGAAAUUGUGAGGAUACGAAGGGAUGCGGUCAAAAAAGAAGAAGCCGACCUGAUUUUGGAGAGGGAAAUGUUGGAAAGGGAGAGGAAUUUACACAUUCGAGAGUACAAACGGAUCCAGUACGAGGACCAGAGCAAUUACAAGAACUAUAUGUGCUUCUCGGAGAAGUAUCUGCUGCUCACAUUGUUGGGCAAGGGAGGGUUUAGGUGAGCUGGUUUGAUUUUGUAAUAUAAAAUCAAGUAGUCAUGGUAUAAAAUAAUAUAAAAUUACCUAAUUAUAAAGCUAAUCUCUGGAUGAAAUUCGUUCCCACAGCUCAUAACUGUUCUAAAAUACACAUUCCUUGCAAUAAAAUGCAUCCGUCACCCAUAGCCUUCAAGAAAAAUAACAUUUUAUAUUAUACUAGGUAAGCUACGGUGACGGACCUGAUCCAGUGGCUAAAAACGUAGCAUUUUGCAUCCGGAAAGUAGCAAAAAGUGUGGCAAAAUGCAUCCCUGUCCAAGUGAAAAAAACUCCGAUUUUAAAAGUGCCUCCUCUCUUUUUUGCGAGGGCAAUUCAAAACGGAGUUUUUUCACUUGGAGAGGGAGACAUUUUGCCACAUUUUUUGAUACUUCCCGGAUGUAAAAUGGUACGUUUUUUGCCACUGGAUCAGGUCCGUCAUUGUAGCUUACCUAGUAUAAUAUAAAAUGUUAUUUUUCUUGAAGGCUAUGGGUGAUGGAUGUAUUUUAUUGCAAGGAAUAUGUAUUUUAGAGCAGUUGUGAGCUGUGGGAACGAAUUUCAUGCAGAGGUUAGGUUUAUAAUUAGUUAAUUUUAUAUUAUUUUAUAUUAUCCAUGAUGACUAAUGAAAUCUCCCCCGAAAUAACACUUAUUUUUAGUGAAGUUUGGCAGGCUUACGACCUGGAUGAUAACCGAUAUGUGGCCGUCAAAAUCCAUCAGGUUUGCAAGGAAUGGAAGGAAGAGAAGAAGGCAAAUUAUGUGAAGCAUGCGAUGCGAGAGAAGAACAUACACAUUUCAUUGCACCACCCCCGAAUAGUCCAACUUUUUGACGUCUUUCAUAUUGACAACCACACGUUCUGCACGGUCCUCGAGUAUUGUGGAGGAAAUGAUCUGGAUGUCUACCUGAAACAAAACAAACAAAUCCCGGAAAAAGAGGCCCGGUGUAUUAUAAUGCAGGUAGGUUAAUAUCGGUUUUUCUAGAUGAAUUUUUGAUUCAAAAUUUAUUGGAAUGCUCGUUUCAGGUGGUGAGUGCUCUCAGGUACUUGGCCUCACAUGAUCCCCCGAUAAUACAUUACGAUUUGAAGCCAGCGAACAUUCUCCUGGAAGAUGGAACGGCUUCGGGCGCCGUGAAAAUUACCGACUUUGGACUGUCAAAAAUGGUCGAUAGUUCGGAUGAUGGUGAUAGUAUUGAACUAACGUCUCAAGGAGCAGGAACUUACUGGUGAGUUUUUGGUUUUUGAAAUUUUUAUUUUUGCAGGGUCAUGGAUAAUAUAAAAAGUUGAAAGAUUCGUAUGAAAAUGAGGUUGAUUUGAAGGGAAAGGAGCUUUACAUUAAAGUUAUAGGAGAUUCUUGCUGAAAUUUGAAGAAUAUAUAAGAUUUUUAGCUGUCUUUUUUAUCAUGGAUAAUAUAAAAAUUUUUGAUUCUUUAAAAAAUUUAGUGAUUUUUGGCAUGAUAUUUAUCUAGAGUGAUGAAUCGUGAAAUUUCAGGUAUCUUCCACCCGAAACCUUUCAACGAUUUGGCCAUACGGCGCCCCGAAUCUCUAAUAAAGUUGAUGUUUGGUCGGUUGGGAUCAUCUUUUUCCAAUGUUUGUAUGGCCAACGACCCUUUGGCCACGAUCAAUCUCAACAACAGCUUCUCAACGAAAGAGUCAUCCUGAACGCACGCGAUGUCAGGUUCCCCCCAAGCCCCAAAAUCAGCGCCGGAGCGCAGGAGUUUAUCCGCUCAUGUCUCCGAUACGAAAAGGAUCUCAGGCCGGAUGUGAGGAUGAUUGCCAACCACUCCUACCUCAAACCCCGCCCACCCCCCUCUCGCGCCGUCAGUUAG